UGUCUUCCUGCUUGCCUCUUGCAGCCAAAAGCUCUCAGCAACAAGCACUCUGCGGUCGCCUUGGAUGACGAAUUUCUCUCAUUCGGGACACGCAUGCAUAUGUGCAUCAUCGGAUUUACGAACGCAAGAGCUGCGGUGGCAGAGGCGCACCUGGAGGGGUACAUUCUUCCCACGUCUGGAGGACCGCAUCGUCUGUGUUCCACGCCUGUCUGCAGCAUUCGUCCGUGUCUCUGUUUCUUCAGUCGGUCUCACUAAUCGCCCCUCGUUAUCGUCGAUCGUCUAGCCUCCCUAAUCCCCUUACGAUCGGGGGAUCUUAUAAGCCCACACCCGCACUUAUAAGGACGCCAUCAGCAUGUCGUCCGCCAGGACCUUCCGCACUGCAACUACCGUCUCCAGGAUCCUCGCAGCCCGACCCUCUAUCUCCGUCCGAACCACUCUCCCCCGCGCUCACACGCAGACUCGCACGAUGUCCUCCGCAACCACCUUCCUCGAGGCGAUCAAGAAGCGCCGCACCUACUACGCCCUCUCGAACAAGUCGACCAUCCCCGACGCGCGCAUUGAGGAGAUCGUGAAGGAGAUUGUCCUCCACGUCCCGUCGUCGUUCAACUCGCAGAGCUCGCGCGUAGUCGUCCUCUUCAAGGCCGAACACGAGAAGCUCUGGGACAUCACCAGCGAGGUGCUCAAGCCCAUCGUCCCCGAGCAGCAGUGGUCGACCACCGCGCAGAAGCUCGCCAGCUUCAAGGCCGGCUACGGCACCGUCCUCUUCUUCGAGGACCAGGUGCCCGUGCGCGAGCUCCAGAAGAACUUCCCGCUCUACCAGGAGUCCUUCCCCGUCUGGUCUGAGCACACCGCCGGUAUGAUCCAGUUCGCCACCUGGACUGCGCUCGAGCAGGAGGGUCUCGGUGCUUCCCUGCAGCACUACAACCCCCUCAUCGACCAGAAGGUCAAGUCGACCUGGAACAUCCCCGAGACGUGGAACCUCAUUGCCGAGCUGCCCUUCGGCGAGCCCGCCGCCCCUGCUGGCGAGAAGACCUUCAAGCCGAUUGAGGAGCGCGUGAAGGUGUACGGUGCAUGAGCUUGGAUGUUGUAGAGUAUGGACUGAGACGUAGACUUGAUGUAUCGUGUAGAUCUCCAAUGGUGACUCGCAGUAACUUAUGAUGUUGCGUUCUUGGACUGUGUGUCCCCCAAGCGAUAGAAUUGUCCCCUCACAACAGGCUUGAGCUAGAAUGGUCCCGCUGCUGUCUUGCAUCC